ACCGGCUCAUUUACAAGCAACUUACAGUCUACACUCAGGCCAGUGGAAGGAUCAGAAGAAAACAUACUCUCACACCACUUCACAGAUAUUCCCCACACAGACACACACUGUUCCCCCACACAGAGCCUUUGACUGUUUCACUAAGGAUUGAUGCCUGAUUCUGACAAGCGUUUCGCCUCCUGUCAUCUGAAGGAAAAAGUAAACUUCAAGCAGCGGAGAAGGAGACUCAGGGAGGGAAAGAAGAUUUGCUGCCACUGUGUUGGAUUCACACGCAGAUAUUCUCCUUUGCCGGUGAGUGUUGGAAUGAUCCUUCGGCUGAUGAACCAGAAGAUUCAUGGGUGAAAAAUGACUCUCCAGCUGCUGGACGACUCUGAGCGUGUGAGCGAUUCUGCUGCAAUGGAGGAUGUUUCCCAGCAAGCCCAGUGACUCCCACCACUGCCCAUGCCUGCUGCUGAAUGUGGAACCCCUAGGAUGGAAGACCCAGCAAAUGCUGCUCUGAGGCACUGGAACAACUCUCUCAACCUCUGUUAUCUCGCCUCCUUCAAACACACUGACACAAUCAGCUGCCUCACUUCUAUCUCCAACCAGACAGGGACCACCGCCACCGGGUGACCAGAUUCCAGGAUGUUUGUGAAUUUCCGCCGGAUACGAAAAUGCCAAUGUGUGCAGCUGAUGACCACAUGCCUGGUGCUGUCAGUGGUGAUGGUUUGCUGGGAGCAGCUGGACAACAACGUUGUGAACCACGUCAAGUCAUACUCGUACCGCUACCUGGUCAACCGCUUCACCUACAUCAACAAGAGCCUCACCAUCUCACGUGAGCAGGCCAGAAGUUUCAGCAGCUUCCACUACCUGCUGGACCACCCUGAGAAGUGCAGCAAUGAGGACGUCCUCCUCCUCCUCUUUGUCAAGACAUCCCCAGAUAAUAUUGAGAGGCGAAAUGCCAUCAGAUCCACCUGGGGUAAUGAGACCUACAUUAAAAACGUGCUGGGAGUGACGGUCAAGGUGGUGUUCGCCUUGGGAGCAAUUCAGACCAAGAAGGAGGAGCCUUUGUGGAGCAAGAGGAGUGGCGUCGGCUUCCAGGACCAGCUCAUCCAAGAGGACCGUGUCUAUGGCGAUUUGGUCCAGCAAGACUUUUUAGACUCCUUCCACAAUCUGACCCUGAAGCUGAUCCUGCAGUUUCACUGGAUGCACAAUCGCUGCGCACACGCACGCUUCUUCAUGACCGCUGAUGACGACAUCUUCAUCCACAUGCCCAACCUGGUGAGCUACCUGCAAGACGUGAGCAGCAAAGGCAUCACAGACUUUUGGAUCGGCCGAGUGCACAGAGGGGCACCGCCCAUCCGCAGCAAAGACAGCAAAUACUACGUUCCCUUUGAGAUGUACCAGUGGUUUUCUUACCCUGACUACACGGCUGGGGCCGGCUAUGUCGUCUCCAGCGACGUAGCGGACAGAAUCUACCAUGCCACACUGACCCUGAAUGCCUCGCUUUACAUAGAUGAUGUGUUCAUGGGCAUCUGCGCCAAUGCCAUCGGCGUGUCGCCACAGGAGCACGUCUAUUUCUCAGGGGAGGGCAAGGCGCCUUACCACCCAUGUAUCUACAACCAGAUGAUGACGUCACACGGCCAUGUAGAGGACAUUUACGACCUGUGGAAAACAGCGACACACCCACAGGUCAAACAGAGCACCUCGGGACUCAUGGGGAGGCUGUACUGCACCGCCGUGAAAAUGGCUCUCCUUUGCAAACCCUCAUACACGAACACCUACCCUUGCAAAGCAGCCUUUUUGUAGUAUUAGUCAGGUGUGUGUGUGUGUGUCAGUGCGUGACAGAGAGAGCGAGAAUGUGCCAUACUGUAGGUCAUAAAAUGAGGUCAUUGCUGUGAAUAUUACCUCAGUCCUUUCAGUCGGACAUCCAUGUCAAAGCACUGUGUUCUGUGUUGUGCGAGACGCCAGAGAGAGCCGACGUUUUACGUCACUGUUAGUAAGAAAUCACCAACAAAUAAAGGACUUCUAGUCUCUGUGGUUAAAAAAUGUCAACACUGGCUCUGCACUGACAGUACAAUGUGAAAAAAGGUUCUGAAGUGAUGCCAUUUACAUGUUGUUCCAAUUCAAACCCAAUCCUCUCACAAACCAGUCAGCUCAUUUUCAUCUCAGUCAGUUAAUCAAGACUGUACCUCCUCAUUUUUGUUAAUUUUGCACUCAUCCACUACUGUGAUACAUAAAAGGCUUGCCAAAAUUUGUAACGCUGGCAUUUCCCUAUUUCACCAGAGUCAAAAUAAUCGUGCUUUGUUAAAAACUGAUGGGCUUAUAGGAGGUCUGUAUUAUGAAAAGAGAUGAUGAUGUGAAACAGAAGCGGCACAUCUGGGUGUCAUUGAUGUGUGAGUCAGCGUAAGACAAAUAUACAGCAGAUCAGUGACAUGUCAAAGCUAAAAAUGUCUCCAUGUCAUGAAGUGCUAAAGUAGAGCACAUGUGUAACUGAAAAGACUCAACAAACGGUUCUUGUGCUGGGGGGGUAGGGGGGUGGGGGGUUAUGUAAUGGUUAAAUGGUUUAUU